CACAAUAAGUGUUCUAAAGACAGCAACGUUUUCACAUUCAAAGAAGAUGGGAACGAGGCAAUGGCCUCGUUUGAUCAUUGCAUUCGCAAUUUGCCUAAUGGCUAUCAGUGUUGGUGCUGAUGACUAUAAGCCCACCUAUGGCGAACCAUGGAACAAUUAUCAACGCCCAUAUCAACAACAAAAACCUCCUUAUUAUUACAACUCACCUCCAUAUUACUACAAAUCACCACCACCACAAUCUCCAUCACCACCUCCUCCAUACUACUACAAGUCUCCACCUCCACCAUCUCCAUCACCUCCUCCUCCAUAUUACUACAAGUCCCCACCACCACCAUCUCCUUCACCCCCUCCACCAUAUGUCUAUAAGUCACCACCACCUCCAUCUCCAUCACCUCCUCCUCCAUACUACUACAAGUCCCCUCCUCCACCAUCGCCCUCACCACCUCCUCCGUAUUACUACAAGUCCCCACCACCACCAUCUCCUUCACCCCCUCCACCAUACGUGUAUAAGUCACCACCACCUCCAUCUCCAUCACCUCCUCCUCCAUAUUACUACAAGUCCCCACCACCUCCAUCUCCAUCACCUCCUCCACCAUAUGUCUACAAGUCACCACCACCUCCCUCCCCAUCACCACCUCCUCCAUACUAUUACAAGUCCCCGCCCCCACCAUCUCCCUCGCCACCUCCUCCAUAUUACUACAAAUCUCCACCCCCACCAUCUCCUUCACCUCCUCCACCAUACGUAUAUAAGUCACCACCACCUCCAUCUCCUUCACCUCCUCCACCAUACUACUACAAGUCCCCACCUCCACCAUCUCCUUCGCCUCCUCCACCAUAUGUAUAUAAGUCACCUCCACCUCCAUCUCCAUCACCUCCUCCUCCAUAUUACUACAAGUCCCCUCCUCCACCAUCACCCUCACCACCUCCUCCAUAUUACUACAAAUCUCCACCUCCACCAUCUCCUUCACCUCCUCCACCAUAUGUUUAUAAGUCACCACCACCUCCAUCUCCAUCACCUCCUCCUCCAUAUUACUACAAGUCCCCGCCCCCACCAUCACCUUCACCACCUCCUCCAUAUUACUACAAAUCUCCUCCUCCACCAUCUCCUUCACCUCCUCCACCAUAUGUAUACAAGUCACCACCACCUCCAUCUCCGUCACCUCCUCCUCCAUAUUACUACAAGUCCCCACCCCCACCUUCUCCCUCCCCUCCUCCUCCAUACUACUACAAGUCUCCACCCCCACCAUCACCUUCACCACCACCUCCAUAUUACUACAAGUCCCCACCCCCACCUUCUCCCUCCCCUCCUCCUCCAUACUACUAUAAGUCCCCGCCUCCACCAUCGCCUUCACCUCCUCCACCAUAUUAUUAUAAGUCACCACCACCACCUUCACCUUCACCACCUCCUCCGUACGUAUAUAAGUCUCCCCCUCCACCUUCUCCAUCACCUCCUCCACCGUAUUACUACAAGUCACCACCUCCACCAUCUCCUUCACCUCCUCCACCAUAUUACUAUAAGUCCCCACCUCCUCCUUCACCUUCUCCUCCUCCACCAUACUACCCCUACUUGUAUAACUCACCCCCGCCUCCUGCAUAUUAAGCUUCUGGCUAAAUCAAUUUAUUUUUUUUCCAAUAAAUCAAGUUGAACAUUGUUGCAGUUGUUUUGUAAUUACUCAUUCAUUAAUAAUAGGGUUUACACUGAAGUGGGAGUUGUAUUCUUACUGUAGUGUAACCCAUGCGUUUGUAUUGGUUUUAAUUGAGAAGUGUGUAAUAUAUUCUCUUUUUAUAAAUAUACAUUAUUACCACAGAUGUUGGAUUC